GCAGUUCGUCGGGGCCGCAUCGCAACGGAAUCGAUCGCGAUUUUUCCGAGCUCCAAAGCCUACUAAAAUAUAUAAAUAAAUCUACACGUGUGAUUCCCUUGGAAAUUUCGAAAUAAUUUCCCACCAUUUUUUGUGUGAUAUAAUAUAAUUUAAUAUAAUGUUCGUGGUGAUUAGUGCAAUAAUAUAAUCAAAAAAAAAACCGGAAUAUUUCGUAGGAAAAUCGUGAGAUGACAUCGGGAAAUGACAUCGGGCGACCGAGCGGGCCGGAAUAGUUCGUCUCUGCGACGUUACAGGCCAUCGACGAAACACCGCCCCACAAUGACCAUGGACAUAUCGAAAACCGAGGCCUCCAAGUCCACCCCCCAAGGCCACAACCCCCAAGAUUGCGCCGGCUGUCUCAAACCCAUCACCGAGCGAUUCCUGCUCAAAGCCCUGGACCUCUUCUGGCACGAGGACUGCCUCAAAUGCGGCUGCUGCGAUUGCAGAUUAGGCGAAGUCGGCUCCACUUUAUACACCAAGGCCAAUUUGAUCCUCUGCAAACGGGAUUAUCUGAGGCUCUUCGGGAAUACCGGAUAUUGCGCUGCUUGUUCGAAGGUUAUUCCAGCUUUCGAAAUGGUGAUGAGAGCCAGGAAUAAUGUCUAUCAUCUGGAAUGCUUCGCUUGUCAACAGUGUAAUCACAGAUUCUGCGUAGGCGACAGGUUCUAUUUGUGCGAAAACAAAAUCCUCUGCGAGUACGACUACGAAGAACGAUUGGUAUUCGCCAAUAUGGCCUACAAUCCACCACCUUUAUCCCAUUUGAAACGACAAACUUCUCUACCACCCCCCGCGUCGAUGCAAAAUCACGCGAUGAACGGGCAUCGCGGCGCUUCAUCCAACGGGGAUUUGAACAACAAUUCUAAUCAACCGGCUGGUAAUCAAAUGGGGAAUCAGAAUUUCCAAAAUGCGGGGCAUUUGAAGAACGGGCCUCUUUCGAUGGGAACGGCCAGUUGAAAGUUUUAGUUGAGAUUCUCGUCCGCUGUGAUUCGUUUUAUUUUAGAGACUCGCGAGUAGUGUGAUUUUUUUUUAAAUCGUGAUUAGAGAAGUGUAAAUAAGUGUAAAUUAAUCGAUGCUCAAAAUACACUGUUGGUUUUUUUUUUAGAGACUCGUGCAAUAUAUUAGAGGUGUAUUGUUAACUUGUAAUCGAGUAGUUGAAUUGAAUAAUUGAAAUUUAUAUUAGUAGCUUUUCUAUCGAUUUUUCGACCGAAUUUGUUUGUAAAUUUCUCGAUUUAUUUAACUAGUUUUCUUCUAACAUGCAGACUGAUAAAUAAGCGUUUUGGAAGAUUCGUAAUUCGGGUUCGAAAUUUCGAAAUUUUGAAAAAAAAAUUUUAAUUUAUUGUAAAUAAAUUCGUGCCAAUUUUUUUUUUGUUCGUAUACAGUACAAAUUAGUAAACCUUUAUGUACGUAUAACAACAAUACCAAACGACUUUUG